AUUGAACUGUGAUAUUUUAACUGACAUGAUAGCCGAAUUUAAUUUACCAAAUUGUUAAAUUGCAAAAUUAAAAUUCAUGCGUAGUUCAAACAAGAGUAGUUCAAAUAAUUCAGAAAAAGUUCAAAAAAUCAACUGUGCUGUUAUUAAGUUCAAGUUCUCAAAUCUUUUAUAGCAGUCUUUCAUAUAUAUUGAAGUUUUCUCUUGUUUUUCAAUCUGUUCCGAAGUAAUUUACUUCCUUGAUCAGUUAUUAAUUAAUAUUCAGUUGUUCAAUUUCGAAGAUAAAGUUUUUCUGCUGUUCUUUUCCUAUCCCUCAGACUGGCCGACCCUUUCGUCCCGUCCCGUUAUUCAAGUUUCCAUAUCAGGAAUUGUAACAAAUUACUAGACGUGUAUAUCUGAUUCUUAGGAACGUUCUUAGGAAUUUUUGGUAGAGUACGUUUAGUCACCUUUGAGCAGAAACAAGAUCGGAAAAGGCCAAUUUCAGUUAUCGCAAGGAGCUAAGGGUGGUUCAAGAAAGCACCGUACUGGCGACAACGAAAGAAAUUUCAACUCAUAAACCAACCACCGUUAAACGGAAACUACAUUUAGGAUUAUAACAGUUACCUCAAAAACCUUCUUGAAAAAAAAAAAUUACCUUUGAACAUCGCUAUUAUGAAUUGCCGUGCUCCUGAAAAAGAAAUUUUUACCCAAAUUGCCGUCAUUGGGAAAAAGUCGGGCAAACAAGUUGACCCAGACGAUGAGUCACCUUCGCCGGAAACAUGUUCAAUAUCAAUGUCCUCUGACAUUGUCCAGAGAGAUCAAUGGAACAAUAAGACCGAAUUCCUGUUCUCAUGCAUAUCCUACAGCAUUGGACUGGGAAAUCUGUGGCGGUUUCCCUACAAGUGCUACGACAACGGGGGAGGCGCCUUCCUCGUGCCCUAUAUCAUCUUCUUGCUAAUAGCGGGCAUGCCGCUGUACUUCCUGGAACUGUCUUUAGGACAGUUUGCCAGUCAAGGUCCCUUCGGUGUCUGGCACAUGUCCAAGGCCUUUAUCGGACUCGGCUACGCCAUGAUCGUCAUAUCAUUCUUCUGCUCCAUUUAUUACAAUGUGAUUGUGGGUUGGAUUGUUCAUUACCUCUUCCAUUCGAUCAAAGCACUUGUUCUGAAUCAACACUUGCCCUGGUACGACCCAAUCUGCGACGAUAGUAAUCGGAAAAUUGCCGCAAACCAAACAUAUGGUGACGAUGACAACCUUACGUUAGAAACGUACUGCACGACAAAGGCGGAAGUGUACUGGAACACAAAAGUGUUGGACCAAACUCAUAAGCUGGAGGACUUCCAAGGGUUUCAGUACGAGCUACUCGUCUCUUUCGUGGUGGCAUGGGUGCUCGUUGCUCUCUUCCUUCUGAAGGGAGUGAAAGGCUCGGGCAAAAUCACUUACUUCACCGCAAUAUUCCCGUACAUUGUAAUCGCAGUAAUGUUGGUGCGAGGACUCACACUCCCGGGAGCUUUCGAGGGCCUCAAGUUCUACCUGGUGCCUGAAUGGUCUAAGCUGAAAGAUCCCGAAGUAUGGAACACUGCCGCCAACCAAAUCUUCUAUUCACUCGGACUCGCGUUCGGCUCCUUGAUCACGCUUGCAAGCUACUCGCCAUUUGACAACAACGUCUUCCGAAUGACCAUGAUUGUCACUACAGUGAACUGCUCAACUAGCAUAAUCGCGGGAGUCGUGAUCUUUGCUGUCAUUGGAAACUUGGCUCAUGUCUCGGGAAAAGCGGUACAGGACGUGGUAACAAGCGGACCUGGGUUGGCUUUUGUUGUCUACCCAGAUGCCGUCUCUCACAUGCCUGGGGCUGCAUUCUUCUCGUUUCUGUUUUUCUUCAUGCUGCUAAAUCUGGGAUUCGGAAGCCAACUUGCUCUCGUGGAAACUGUGAUCACUGCAGUCGUAGAUCGGGUGCCCUCGCUGAUGAAACGACGAGGCGUCGUGACGUUGUCGGUGUGCUUUGUGAUGUUUGUUCUCGGGUUGCCGAUGGUGACCAAAUCUGGAAUACACUGGCUCAAUCUUCUGGACACUUACUCGUGUUCGCACAGUCUGUUCAUCGUCUCCUUCAUCGAAGUGAUCGCUUUGGUGUAUAUCUACGGCGGGAAGAAACUGAUUCUUCAAAUCGAGGCGAUGAUUGGCCACAAACCGCCAGGAACCUACUGGUGGUUGUUCACGUGGGCAUUUACUGCGCCAGUUGCUAUGUUGAUCAUUUUCUUUUUCAAUCUGUACCUCUAUACCCCGAUGAAGAUCGCAGGACAAGACAUUCCCCGUUGGGCCGAGGCUAUUGGAUGGGCUACUGCAAUGACAUCCGUCAUUUUCAUUCCAGUGUUCGCUAUCAAGGAGUUUGUGCAAGCUAAGGGCAGUUUUAUGCAGCGAAUGGGUAAAAUUAUCCGACCCGACGACUUAUACCGACCCAGCAGUAGUACAGAUUUGAAAACUGUCAACGAACUUUUUGAGAAAUACGAUUAUCCGAAGCUGGGAAGCAGUAGUACGACCUCGAUAUAUCGCUCAACGACGUCUGACGAUGACAAAAUCCAGCUGGGCAUGGCCGCGGGCGAGUCGUUAGAAGCUUAAAAAGCAAGUUGGCCACAAAUUGUUGUCUUGUCUCAAUUCAAAUGGUGCUUUUAUUGCCUUUUUUGGGCUUCAGCUAGUUGGAGUCUCAAAGAGUCAAACCACAAACAAAUUCUUUUCAAUUCAUCAACUGCAAUUCACAAACUCAUCUGCUGCAAACUAACGGACGCGUUGCGAAGGCGAAGUCACUCAGCGAUCAGACUAGAAGCACGGGUUGCCCACCCUUCUGACUUAACUCUAUCGUUUAACAAAAAGAUGGCUCAUCUCCAAAACGAAAAUAUUAGAUAUUAGCUGCAAACUAAUUGUAUAAACUGCGUCCGAGCUGAACCUAAAAAGAAGCCAAAGCUGAGCUUGGUUUAUGUUAAAAACUGGAUACUUGAAUAGCUGCUGAUAAAUUUUGAGUUUGAUUACAAAAAUUUAGAUGUACAAUUUAAAUUAUGUUUUUGUUAGUUGAUGUUUUCUGAAUGGAAAUGUGUCAAAAAUUGUAUUUCUCCCAUAAAUAUAUUUUGUAGUACUACAUGGAACAUUACUGUGCAACCUGUUUAUUUUUUUUUCUCGGAAUUGAUUCUUCAGCUUCUAUAUCCAUUUUUGUUGCUUAUCUGCUGAA